AUGGUUUUCGGUUUCAUAUUUUCUGUCUUGCGCGCUCCGAGCGAUCAGGACUGUGCGCGCCAACUGUCCAUGUGGUGUAAGUGUUGCCAUCCAAGCCUUCUCGCAAAUUUGGGUAGUGCGACAGAAGACCUCGAACGGGCUCUAACAUCUACAGCUCCUGCACUUGAUGCUGUCGAAUAUGUCUCAAUGGACUUUAACGACGCUUUCAAUUCAACGAGCAUCUACCGUGGUCUUCCGACUCCGGAGAGAGAGCAAGCCUGGUUCGACCUGACUUACAGUGCGUCUUUUCCAAUACUUCCUCCACCCCAACAUAGGAGCUCGCCAACUGACUCAAUGACAGAGCACGCGGUCGAAAUCCCCCCUGAGAGACUUUCAGGCCUAAAUCGGUCUGAAGAGGAUCAUCUCAAGCACGUUCCCGAAGAGGUAGGCGAUGGUUAUGUCGCACUACUUGAAGUCUUCCACCAACUCCAUUGCUUGAACAUGGUCCGGGUGUACACCUGGUGGCAGGUGGGCAAAUACGACAAGCCCCCCGUCGGGCUAUCGAACGACCCAUUGAAAAACCGGAUACACGUUGAUCACUGCCUGGAAGCUCUGCGCAUCUCACUCAUGUGCUUUGCUGACGUCACCCCACUCAUGGUUCGCCUAGGUGGACCUGCGGGUGCACGCGCAGACUUCAAUACGCACCACAAGUGUAGAGAUUUUAACAAGAUCUCAGACUGGAUUGACGAGAAUUGGACAGUUAGAUAA